AUGGCAACCACACUCGAGGCUGGGCCGCCUGCGCUGCGUCGGUUGCAAGAGUUGCGUGCUGCUGGUGAAAGCCCGCUUCUGGCGCUGAAGACGAUCAAAAAUGACUUGACCGGGCAUGCUUCAAGAAAAGUUGAAUAUAUUGGGGCUGGGCUUACACUUGCUCUGGCAGAGAUCCUGUCCGACAUUCUUGCCGGAAUGCCAGCGACAGGCUCUACCUCUCCGGAACCAAAGCCUGAGGAUGAAAUGGUAUUCACGCAGAUUGCCCAGAUUACCUGCGUGAUUGCCCAUGAAGGCCCCUCCUUCGUCCAACCGUUGCUAGAGGUCGACAUUACACGGGGAUUAAUAACCUGCCUUCUUCUACCCUUAACCUCCAGAACAUGUCUCGCAGUGUUGAAGUGCCUUAUUGCUAUUGCAGAAAACCUGCCUCCCGCUGAGUCUCAACAAUGGUUGCCACAUCGCGGACCGGCGGAGCUACUCUAUUCAAAGAAAUACAUCUCCUGUUUCGGCAAUAUUAUUGAUGCAGCUGGCGAUACAAUGGCAUCUCAGCAGGCCUGCGAUGCCGUUCUCGCCCUGCUGUGCAAAACGGUCACGCUCGAAAGGCAGAAACGUGCGCUGCUUGAAAGUGGAGUCUUGAAAACGCUCUCAGCUCGUUUAGCAUCCUUCGUGGUCGCAGAGGGACUGGUUCCGCCCAGCCCGGUAUCACUCGACUUGGACAACAGCACAAGUGCCGGGUUGCCGAAUCCAGCCCCUUCCUUCGCUCACAUGUCGCCGGUUCUGGAGGCUCUUUCUCUUUUAAUUGAAGGUUCCCGCCACCGGGCCAACGUUUUCCUCUCCGACCCGGCCGUCAAGGCUGUUCUUCCGGAGUUGGAUGAUGAUUUCUCUCCAUCUGAUAUUCGGCGUGCGCCGUGGGGGGCUAGCUACUUUUCCGGGGCGGCAAUUCCCCGCCUAUGCCCACAUGGGCCCUUUGAUAUGCUUCUCCCAUUCCUGCCGGUCCUGGAUAGUGCGAAAUCGGCCAUACAAUCUGGUUUUCCUCCCUUGAGCUCUGUCGCCUCGAUGCCGAAGCGAUGGGCAUCCUUCCUGCCAACUUCGUCCGAACCCAUUCCACUAGGCUUGAAUGGUGUCUCCACAGAAGACGUCGAGGAAAGCUCCGUCAUACCCCUGCUCCUUUACGUCGUUCGUACGUCGAGAGGAAAGCGCCGUCUUCUUGCUGCCAAGCUGCUGGUUGAUCUUUGUUGCUUGGAUCUCGUCAAAAAGGAGCGACGGGCUUCAUUCGCUGCCUUAUUGGUCCCACUUCUAACUCGUAUGCUGGUAUCCGACAUGGCGCAGGCCGACAAAAGUACCCAUCUCAGGGGAUCGUAUUUGUGCAGUGGCCUUCACUACACGAGAGCCGUCCCAGCUGUUUUAGCCGCCCUUGUCAUGGAUGAUCCGCGCAUGCAAAAGGUCGCGGUCGAUGGGGACGCUAUCACUGCAUUGUCGGCCGGAUUCAAGACGACAUUUGAUGAUCCCGCUGGGCGGAAACCGUCGCUCUGGCAACCAUACAAGGCAACUCAGAUGGGAGCUCAGCGAAAGUCACCCGGAACGAGGCUAGGACCCGAGUGUCCAUCUUGGACGAUGAGGCGCGAAAUGAAGUACCGCGAGGGUUGUCUACAGGCGCUAGCAGCAAUUGCGCCGUUCGAAGACGAUUAUCGCAAGGAAAUUUGUGACCAGGGAGUGCUGACACAUGUCAUACUAGCCCUGGAGCCAUAUCGGAUGACAGAAGGCGCCAAUCAGCAAGUAGAAAUGACGGGGAAUCCGGUGCCUGUUGUACUUGCCGCCUGCGCAGUCGUGAGGGUGCUUACGAGAUCGGUGAAAGCGUUGAGAACAAAGCUGAUCGAGGCGGACGUUACGACGCCGAUAAUCAAACUCAUGAGUUCGGCAAGUCCGGAGUUAAGGAUCGCGGCUACGAAAGUGCUCGCAAAUCUGGCCAUGGAUUUCAGCCCGGUCAAGGAAAGCGUGACAGACACGGCUGUCGUCAAAAAGCUGUGCGAGCAGGCUCAUUCUGCAAACGCAAGGCUCCGGCUGGAAUCACUGUGGGCUCUCACGCAACUCGUCUUGAACGCCAACAAGAAGUUGAAACAGGAUGUGGUGGACGAGCUGGGUCCGAGCUGGAUAAAAUUGUUGAUCAGGACCGAUCCGAACGACAUACCAGCUGGCGAAGUGAUUGGUCUUGUGGAGAGAGAGUAUCCGCCUCUCACGGUCAGCAGUGGACGAUCCUCACGGCAUAAUAACAUUCGCGAUGUUGUAAUGAGUGAUGAUCCCGAUGAUGCACCAGAUAGCGUUCGAGCAGCACCAGACAAUGACGGGGAAGCGGCCUUAGCCAGCAACGACGGGUUCGACACGAUGCACACGACCCAAGAUGACCUGGAGAUACAGGCGCAGCUGCUCGACCUCAUACGCAAUCUCUUUUGUGGUGACGAUGCAUCUGAUCUCGUCAAGUAUGUCCUGGAUGAAAUGGGUCAGGACGACUUCUUCAGAAUCAUGCUUGACCGAUUACGGCCACGCACUAUGGCAGGCUCAACUCGCAAAGAGAACUACACGACAGCGGCACCAAGCACAAUUGUUGUCAAAGUGCUUUACAUCAUCUCGCAUGUAGGAGCGUGCGAGUCCAGGUGGAGGAGUGCAAUUGCAUCACAUUAUGCCUUGAUGAAGCAGGUGUUGACGUUCUGCAGUCACUCGGACCGAGAGAUCCGAGCGCAAUGCUGCUGGCUCGCAAUCAACCUAACUUACGAAGAUGAUGCCAGUGAUCGACUGGCGUGCAAGCAUCGGGCGGUGGAACUACAGAAAGUAGGGUUUGUUCCACAGCUUCGGAAGUUGGAGAGCGAUCCCGACUUGAAUGUCAGGGAGCGAGCGAAAUCGGCCAUUCAUCUGUUGUCAAACUUGAUAGAAGCUUGA